AUGGAUUAUGAAUCAGAUCCUCAAAUUGAAUUUUUAACACAAAACAACUAUCAAUACUCUAAAAUUUUUAGUGAAUUAGAUUCUGAAUUAUUAGAUUUUUAUUCAGAUGAUUCUGAUUAUACCUAUAAGCAAAAGAAAGAAAAAUUCAGAGCAAUCAAAGAAACAAAUCAUCAAGAGUUAAACAAUAAUAGUAAAUGUAUUCAUAAAUCUGAGGAAUAUUUAGUUAAUAAAAAUGAUUUAUUUGAAGAUAAUAUUCUUGAUAUUGGUGAAGAUUUGUUAGUAAUUAAAAAAGCAAAAAUUGAUAUUGGUUUAGGUAAAGUAGAUAAAUUAGAUAAAAAUAAUUCUCUUUAUUCUAGGUUUAAUCAAUUAAUUAAAAAAAAAUAG